AUAUUCAGUCCAUCAGAAUCGAAGUUAAAGAGGGUGUUUCUGCCCGGCGUGUCCUUUAUAUGGAAAUUCGAGGUCAAGGGGCUAUUCCUUUAAUUCGUACUGAUGAGAAUUUUACUACACGAGAAAUUGAGCAAAAAGCUGCUGAAUUGGCUUACUUCUUGCGUGUACCAAUUGAA